GAGGCGCCGAGGCCACUAAAAAGGCGGUGCCUGUAGAAUCGCCUCGUCCAAUCGGAGUAGCGGGCGUGGCGGCCGGAGCCGGAUCCGCUUGCCAAUCGCGAGCAGCCGGGCAGAACCAAAGAGCGCGGAGUCGGGGAUGUCCUACAAGCCCAUCGCCCCCGCCCCCGCCGCCAGCUCCGCAGCCCCUUCCGCAGCCGCCUCUGCCUCCGCCCCCGCCGGCACCACGACCACCACCGGCAGCAGCGGCAGCAGCAGCAGCGCCAGCCCCGCCCCCGGAGGCCCCCCGCUCGAAGCGUGUGCUUUGGUUUUGCAUACGACGAGGAACGAAAAGAAGGACUUUUACCCAGAAUACAUUGACUUCCAACUCUGUGGAUCCAAGCACCACGAUCUACUGGUAGCUCUUCAGCCACGAGUGUCCCAUCUCCAUCUGGAUCUCUGCCUGGAACAUCAGCCCCCCUUUCGACCUCUCUUCAACGAUUUUGGCCCCCCAUCAAUGGGCUACGUGCAGGCUAUGAAGCCACCAGGUGCCCAAGGCUCCCAGAGCACGUACACAGACCUGCUUUCUGUCAUCGAGGAGAUGGGCAAGGAGAUCCGACCUACCUAUGCAGGCAGCAAGAGUGCUAUGGAGCGGCUGAAAAGAGGGAUUAUACAUGCUCGGGCUCUGGUAAGAGAGUGUCUAGCAGAGACAGAGCGUAAUGCCCGUACGUAACAGUUGCUUCCUCUUGGCACUGCCCUUGGAGGACCCUGGCACUUUCCUGCCAAUCCGCAUUUGGAAUCUGAAGGCUCUCCCCUGCCCCUUCAAAUCUUUCCAACCAAUCACUGUCUCAAGUUCUAGAAUGGUGAUCACCUGCAAAGACCUUUAUAACAAUUGGCACCUAAGAAUCUGAAGCUUCUCCUGUUGUAUCACAGGAUUUCCCACCAAUUGGCACUCUGGGAAUUGAUGCAGAAAGCGUUUAUUGCAUACACCUUUCAAUCAACAUGUGAGAAUAAUGGCUGGUAGCAAGUACUAUGUCUUUAUAAAAUAUUUGGGUUUUUUCUAAAAUAAACAAAAGGAAGGCUUUGGAAUUUGGAUUAUUUCUUCACUGUGGUUUUCUAUUUUUUUUCCUCAUGUGUGCUGAUGGAUAUACUCUCUUCCUCUCUAAGACAUUGUUGAGGGUCUGCAUUACAAGAUAUGUUUUCUUAGUAAAGCAGUAUGUGGCCUUCCCUACCACUUGUAAUGGAAGCCUUAGUCAGCAGAUAUUGAAUCCGCACUGGAAAACUUAUGUAAUAAAAUAUUUCUACUCCCAAAUAA